UUUGUGUAAGCGCGAGAGAGAGAGAGAGAGAGAGAGAGAGAGAGAGGAAAUUCAUGGCGAUUUGGACAAGGGCUUGAGGGAGCGAGAGUGUGAAGGCAUCUGGCAUUUGAAUUUGUUUGAUGCGGCUGAGAAGUUUGUGGUUCUUCGCUUACUGUUUCUUCGAUACUUUCGUCGCUAAAACGCGCACAAAUCUGUAAAACAAGAGUUGCUUCCUCUGCUUUUCUCUGUGUCGACGAAAUCAGAGCGAUGGAGUGUACUGCUUACCUCGACGAAUAUGAAAAACUCGUCUUCCGGAUGAACACUCCCAGGGUCGUCAUCGACAAUGCCGUCUGCUCCACUGCGACUUUAGUCAAGGUUGACAGUGCUAGAAGGCAUGGAAUUCUUCUGGAUGCUGUGCAGGUCCUCACGGAUCUUAAUCUCUCCAUUAAAAAAGCUUACAUUUCUUCUGAUGGUCGCUGGUUCAUGGAUGUUUUUCAUGUUACUGAUCAAAACGGAAAUAAAUUGACGGACGAGAGCGUUAUUAACUAUAUUGAGCAGUCACUUGGAACAAUUCAUUUUGGAUCAUCCAACUGUAUUAAGGGUCUUACGGCCCUUGAGCUUACCGGGACAGAUCGAGUAGGCCUUCUUUCCGAGGUGUUUGCAGUGCUAGCUGACCUGCAAUGCAAUGUGGUUGAGUCCAAGGUGUGGACGCACAACGGCCGUAUUGCUUCACUGAUAUACGUGAAGGACUGUGAUUCCGGGUCCCCUAUUGAGGACUCGCAGAAAAUUGAUAGAAUUGAAGCGCGGUUAAGGAAUGUUCUCAAGGGCGACAAUGAUAUUAGGAGUGCGAAAACCUCUGUUUCCAUGGCGGUUACACACACCGAAAGAAGACUGCAUCAAAUGAUGUUUGCUGAUCGUGAUUAUGAUCGAAAGCCUGUUUUGCAGCUUCGCACCGAUUCUCCUGUCAUAACGGUGCAGAAUUGGGCGGAAAGGGGUUACUCCAUAGUGAAUAUUCAGUGCAAGGAUAGGGCAAAGCUUUUGUUCGAUGUUGUUUGCACAUUGACAGACAUGGACUAUGUGGUUUUUCAUGCCACUAUUAAAACAUCAGGGGACAGAGGAUACAUGGAAUUUUACAUCAGGCAUACUGAUGGAACCCCGAUUAGCUCUGAACCCGAACGACAGCGUGUAAUCCAAUGCUUACAAGCCGCGGUUCAAAGAAGAGCAUCCGAGGGUGUGAGGCUAGAACUAUGCACCGAGGAUAGGCAAGGUCUUCUAGCAUACGUUACAAGAACAUUCCGCGAGAACGGUCUUAAUGUGACAAGGGCCGAGAUUUCCACAACGAUGGACAAAGCUCUAAACGUAUUCUACGUGACGGAUGCAGUCGGAAACCCUGCAGAUCCGAAAACCAUCGAAUCAGUGAGGCAGAAAAUCGGGUUGAGUAACUUGAAAGUGAAGGAACUGCCAUUGAUAUACCAUCCAAAGGAGGAAGGGGAGGAGCAGCAAGGAGUUGGUGGUGUUGGUGGGGCAGUGUUGUUUUCACUUGGGAGCCUAGUGAGAAGGAAUCUAUACAAUUUGGGGCUCAUCAGAUCUCAUUCUUGAGGAGGAAGUUUCCAAUUUGGUUGUUAGAAGUUUUAAUGAUAAUAUUCUUUGCUUAGGGUUUGGGCAUUGUACAUAAAGAGGGAGAGAAGGAAGGUGGAAUUUGGUGAUAGUAGUUAGAUAUUGUAGGUGGGUUUGGUUUUUUUAGUUGGCUGAAUUAAAAGGCACAGAUGGAGGGGAGGGGUGGGGACAACCAUUUUUAAAUCCAUUUGUUUGAAUUUUGGAGAGGGAAAGACAGAUGGGAAUGUGAAAAGAUAAGUGGUGGUGGGACAUGGACGAUUAGACCGAUCUUGCAUUCGUGUCAUUUAAAUUGUUUUCGUAAAUUAGAGAUAUUUUGUUGCCGGCAAGGGAGAAGAGAACGAGGGGAAUGUUAGGUAAAAAGGAAAUUAGGGUUUGGGAUUUUAUACAGCAAAGCACCACACAUGUGUAAUAGUUAACUUGAUUUUUUUUAAUGGAAUAUUAUUUUAUUUUUA